UGUUGUGAACAGUGCCUUAGCACAUCGAGAGUUGGAAACUAGACCAUCUGCUCUUUAUCUGUUUCAACCCCUCUCUCUCUCUUUCUCUCUUUAGUUAUGUCGUCCAUGGCGUCGUGUAAAUUGUAAUGAAUCAAGUUUUAGUUGAGUAUGAAACCGAGAAGAAUGUCUUUUUGCUUUUGGAAUUUGGGGCACAUCUUCAUGUAAAGGAAACACUUUUCUUUUAGGGGUUUUAUGGUUCUGAUUCUUGAUUUCAGAUGCGUAUUUGCUUGGCGAUAUCAAUUUAAGGUUCGAACCCUUUUCACUCCAAUUUUGUUUUGGGUUUUAGGGAUUUCAUUUGUCCCUUAUCUCAGCUUUCUCACUUCGUCUCUCUUUCUUGUUUGAUGGACGAAGACUGGAAAAUUCGCUGCUUUCGAUUCCUUUUGAAAGUUGAAAAGCCUGAGAAUUUGGUUGUAUUGAGAGUUUUAUUAUAAUUCCAUUGUCAAUUAUCAUCUCACCUUUCUUCCUAAGUGCAUUUGUGUACUUGGCAGAGCAGGACAAAAACUUUCUAAACAAAUUAUCAGGACACGAGUGGGAAAAGAUGAGUGUCUUGUACAAAUUUCUGAAAGUCUUUUUUGAGGUGACUAGUGUAUUUUCUAUAAACAAACAGCCGACUUCAAAUUUGUAUUUCAGAGCGGCAUGUAAAGUUCUUAGUCGCUUACUUGAUAUGGUGGAGGUCCAGAAAUGUUUUUGACUUGCAUGGUCAGGGAGAUGCACUCAAAAUUGAACCAAUACUGGUCGGCGUAUAGAUUGAUCUUGUCAUGUGCUGCGAUCUUGGAUUCUAGGUAUAAGAUUAAGUUUGUUGAAUAUUGUUAUAUGAUACUAUAUGGUAGCGGCGCUGAGAAAUACGUUAAUGCAAGUGUUAACACUUUGUAUGGCUUGUUCGAGGAAUACAUGCAAAAUUCUGCACGCACUUCUCAUGCUACCGAAUUAUCAGCUGCUACCUGUAAAAUAUCCAAUGAUAAAGAUGAUAAUGAUGGGUUUGAAGACUAUGAAACCUUUCAAAGUGCCAGAUUUCUAACUCAAGUGGAGAAGUCUCAGCUCGAUCUUUAUUUAGAAGAGCCUAGCCAUGAUCUAAACAGUGAAAUAGAUGUUUUAGAGUAUUGGACUGUAUGCUCCCUGAGGUAUCCAGAGCUUUCAAGAAUGGCUCGCGAUGUUUUAACCAUUCCGGUGUCCACUAUUGCUUCUGACAGUGCAUUUGACAUUGGUCCUCAAAUGAUUGGCGCUGAUCGUAGUUCUUUAAAACCAAAGAUGUUACAAGCAUUGGCUUGUCUUCGAGAUUGGAUGUUGGCUUCUGAUAGGACAAGAAGUUCAGGCUCUUUGGAAAGCAGACCCGAAGAUGAUAGCUCAAGUUCUAGUGAUGGUGAUGAUGAUUAUUAGCUUAUCUGAAGUGCUGCAGAAGGGCCAACUUGCUUCUAGUAAAUUCUGACGACAAAUUCAAUGGACUCGGUUACGAAUCAGAGUUACAAACAAAUGUGGCAGAUCAGUCAUCUCUAGCAUAAUGUUUGAAGGAAAUGGAGCAACGGGCUCAUACAAAUGGAUCCCAGACUGCCCAAGAUUGUGCAAAGAAUGAAGCUUUAUAUGACUGAUUUUGGAGCUCAUGACAACACCGAUGGAAGAUCAGAGCAAUUUGUUAUUUGUUUCCUAAGACUUUGCCAGGUAUUGUAGAAACUGGUGAUGGUGUAGUGGUGUUAAUCGAUGUUGAUAUUAGAGUUUUCAUCGACU